AUGAAUACUAGGGCUACAGCCGCCUCUAGAGUUUCGGAACAACCCCAGGAAACCGCGCAUCGUCGCUUUAGAAAUGCCCUAUCCACCGCCUCUGCCAGAGCCUUAGAAAGCUCUGCACAGACCACUGUUAGUCGCGUUAGAAAUGGCCGCUCCACUGCAUCUGCUAGAGUCAUAGAAAGCCCUGCACAAACCACUGUUCGUCGUGCUGGGAAGGCCCUCUCUACUGCGUCUGCCAGAGCCCUAGAAAGCUCUGCACAAACCACUGUCCGUCGCCCGCCGAGGGACCUCCUUCUGGGUGCAACUUCGGAGUCAAGGCAUUUUCUUGAAGCAAUACGGAAGUACAACUGUUGCUUCCAGAUGACGUCUUUUGGUGCGAAGGCUAUUAGUGAGUGGGGAUGGAUGCCUCCUUUCAAAGUGCAAGGCCAGGUUUACCACUUAAUGGGAUCACUUUUCGUUGAUCAGGGAGAGCCACCUCAGUUUCUACAAAUUUACUAUCUUGCUGACUACAACGAGCAGGUUGAUGCGCGUCUCGGCAUUCUGCCUAGCGAUAUUUCCGUCGGCCCCCGUAGAGACAUUCUGUUCCGUCUACAAGACAUGCUUCACGAAACUAACAGUUACACCCGAAGCUUAAAGUUUGCGUUGCAAAACAACUCUUCGCCCUCUUUCAGCGUUGGCAUCGUUGCAGACAGGCGGCCUCACGGUGAGCAUGAGCGUCGCUUCAAUGCUCCUGCAUGUAAUGAAGUCACCGCAGUCAUCCACGGUGAGGAGCAUAACAGCCGUGACAUUGUCAUAAGGUUCCGGGGCGGUGGUCUGCGACGCAUCAGUGAGAUCUACCGUUCAUAUGACUGUCUCCAGUACCCCCUUCUUUUCCCAUACGGAAGCGAUGGGUACAACUUCAAAAUCCCAAUAUAUCAGGCAAGCAGCGAUUCCAUGUCGACCUCAAAGAUGGUCUCCUACGCAUACAUGUUUUUUGGCUAG